CUGGAAUCAGAGACAUAAAUACACCGACAGUCGUCUAUGAACUCUUUAUGGAUGAAGUCCUCUCAUACGGCUGACUGUUAGAGUAAAUAAAUACGUCGCCUCCACCAUGUUGAACCUGACGACCUCGGUACCUGGCGGCCGCGGCGGCUGCCCCCCCGUCGGCAUCCAGCUGGAGGGCGUGAUUCUUCCCCCGGUGCUCAUCAUCGACGUCAUACUGGGGCUACUGGGUAACAUGGUCGCCCUGUGGAUCUUCUGCUUCAAGCUGAAGACCUGGAACCCCAACAACCUGUUCCUCUUCAACCUGGUCAUCGCCGACUUCCUGGUCCUUGUGAGUCUGCCGCUGAGGAUCGACUCCUUGCUCAGGGGUCACUGGGUGUUUGGAGACGGCCUGUGCCGGAUCAACCUCUUCCUGAUGUUCUCCAACCGCUCGGCCAGCAUCGCGCUCAUGACGGUGGUGGCGAUCUACCGCUACUUUAAGGUGGUCCACCCUCACCACCGCUUCAACCGUUUGACCAAACAUCAGGCUGCGUUCGUGUCGGCGUUCGUCUGGCUGCUGGUCAUCGGCCCCCGGAUUCCCAUGCUGGCGUACAACCACAUCAAGAUCCCCGGCAACAAAACCCAGUGCUUCUUCUUCACCUCCUACAAUGAGAUGUCCCGGGCCAUCAUCGUCCUGGUGGGCAUGCACCGCAUCCUGACGGUGCUGGAGUUCCUCCUCCCGAUGGCCAUGCUGCUGUUCUGCUCCGUCCGCAUCUUCGGCUUCCUGAAGAGCCGGCAGAUGGGGAAACCGGACAAGGUGCGGAAGGCGAUGCGUGUCUGCGUGGCCAUCGUGUUGGUGUUCAUGGUGUGCUUCCUGCCCACCACGGUGACAACAAUCGGGCUGUGGGUCAUCGGCUCGUACCGGCCGUGGGACUGUCCCUCCUUCUACACCUUCACCCAGCUCAACAUUGCGUCACUGGGGCUGAACUUCCUGAACUCGGCGCUGGACCCCAUCGUCUAUGUCUUCUCCAGCUCCAUGUUCAGGAAGGCGCUCUGCGGAUCGCUGCCCCGGGCGCUGCGCUGCAGGAAUGACACCAGCGACGGCGAGGACAUGCCGUCCUCCGGGACUCAGAGCACCAACCAGCAGGAACUGAAGUCCACGGAGACGGAAAGAGAAAGUAAAGCCAUGUGAUGAGCUCUCCCUCCAUUAUAAUGACUGGAUCCAGCAGCCCACUCUUCUUGUUUAUUUGAUAUUCAUGACUGAUUUUAAUUUCAGUUUAGAGGGUGAUGAUUAAAAUAUUUUUUUAUAUUUAUUCUCAUCAUUAUUUACCCAAGAUCUUCCUCAUUGCCAAUGUUUUGGUCCAUUUUGUAAAAAUAAAAAACUCCAAUGAAAUCUUAAAAUAUAUACCAAGGUAUAUUUUACACACCUGUCGUCAUAAUUUCAAGUGUAAAUUGUAAAAUUAAAUAUUUUAUCCACAUAAAAUAACAUUAAUAAUGUGCUUAUUUUGUCUUAAGAUGGUUUAUGUAAAGCUCUGUAAAGAAUUAACUGCUGAAAUGUGUUUUGUGAAUGAACCUGCCUUGCAUUGAUUUGUGUUGUAUUCUGCAUUGAGUUGUCUGAUUGUUUUGUCUGUUUAUUUGAUGUUUGAUGCUGUUAAAGUUUUGUUUCUAGGAUCUGUGUACAUUUUUAAUUAUGAUAAUUUGUAACUCAAACUUGUGUUCUUGAACAAAUUACAGA